AUGAAGUCCUUCCUGGCGCUGCUACUGCUGACUGUCCUGGGUGCUGCCCUGGCCCGGGCCCUGCACUGCCACGUGUGCUGUGGCCACGAGAACUGCGAGUCCCUAGUGGAGUGUGCGGCGACCGACAAGUACUGCGUCAUCACACGGGCCACCAACCCGGGUGGCAUGCUUGUCAUGAAGUCCUGUGCCCCGACCUGCCCCAACAGCACCGUGUCCUCUGAUGGCCGCGCUCUCUCUGUCUCCUGCUGCCAAGACAGCCAGUGCAACCGCAGUGCCGCCUCCAGUCUGGCGGGCAGCCCUGGUGCCCUGUGGGCCAGCGCCUCUGCCAGCCUGCUGUGGGUGCUGCUGCAGGCCGCCUGGUGA